AUGCGUUUCCAAAAGUUAAUUACUGCAGCCUCCCUACUAGGUGCCGUCUCAGCUGCUCCAGCUGUCCGUCAUCACAAACAUAAACGUGAUGUCGUCACUGAAACCGUUCAAGCUCAAGUAACUGUCAUGGUCGGUGGUGCUGCCCCAACUGGUAUCGUUGAAGAAAAUGCCGUUCUUGCUGACACUACUGCUCAAGCUGCCGCUCAAACUACCGCCACCGUUGCUGCUGUCUCAGCUGCUCAAGCACAAGCUUCUUCUCCAGCUACCACCACUUCCAUAAUAUCAACUGCGCAAUCAACCGCCAGUAGCUCUUCUUCCUCUUCCUCUUCCUCUUCCUCAUCUGAUACUUCAUCUUCCGGUGCUAAGGGUAUCACUUAUUCUCCUUAUAACAGUGAUGGUACUUGUAAAUCUACCGCUGAUGUGGCUUCCGAUUUGCAACAAUUACAAGAUUACCCAAAUAUUAGAUUAUAUGGUGUUGACUGUAACCAAGUCGCUAACGUCCUUCAAGGUAAGACCUCUUCUCAAAAACUUUUCCUAGGUAUUUACUACGUUGAUCAAAUCCAAGAUGCCGUGGAUACCAUCAAGAGUGCUGUUGAAUCAUACGGGUCUUGGGAUGAUAUAACGACUGUCUCCAUCGGUAACGAAUUGGUUAACGGUGGUUCAGCUACUCCUUCUCAAGUCGGUCAAUACGUUUCCACUGGUAGAUCCGCUCUACAAGCCGCCGGUUACACUGGUUCUGUUGUUUCCGUUGACACUUUCAUUGCUGUCAUUAACAACCCUGAAUUAUGUCAAUACUCUGAUUACAUGGCCGUUAACGCUCAUGCCUAUUUCGACCAAAACACUGCCGCUGCCGAUGCUGGUACUUGGGUCUUGGAACAAAUCCAAAGAGUCUGGACCGCAUGUGGUGGUGAAAAAGAUGUCGUUAUCACUGAAUCAGGAUGGCCAUCCCAAGGGUCUACCUUAGGUGUUGCUGUUCCAUCUAAGGAUAACCAAAAGGCCGCUAUUUCUGCUAUCACCAGUACCUGUGGUUCUUCCACUUACGUUUUCAACGCUUUCAACGAUUUAUGGAAAGCUCCUGGUGAAUAUGGUUGUGAACAAUACUGGGGUAUUUUGUCUAAUUAA